AACGGUGAGAAGCUGAAAUAACGAUGAGAAGCGGUUACUGUGCUCGGGGGAAUUAAUAGCCCAAUGCACCAGUUACAGCAAUAAGUAAUCAGAGACCGAAUAGGAUAAGGCGCAGGUAGGAACCAAAGACACAGCAACACUGUACUCGUGGGAAGCAUAAGCUGUGACACAAAGAGGAAACAAGCUGGAACGGUACUUCCGGCAAUUCUGACGCUUGCAUGAUGGAGACUAAUCCCCCUCUCCUCCCUCAAGUUCCCAUCCUCCGACUCCCUCGUCCCCCGUCACCUUCGGGCCGUGGAUUUGACCCUACGUCACCCCGCGCACUCUCCUUUGCUCCUCCUGUUGCUCACCAGAAGACCAGAUCUUCGCUUCGGCAGCUCUUCCUGCACAGUCUUCUCGCCUCUGCUGGCCUCCCGGUCACCUUCACACUUUACCAGCGAGUCGCCGUCAGUGCUCAGUGCUUCAACGCCUGCGACAUAGAGGGACAUAACUUCCAGGUGUCAGACCUGCAGACGCCUCUUGGGGUACAAAAGGAGGCGCUGAUCCGAGGACAGGAUAUCAUAUCUUAUUCAUUCCGUCUUUAAGGGGGUGCUACAGAAUCAUUUAGUUAUUACAAUGUAAUUACAUGGGGGUGUCGGGUCUUAUGUAAUAUCACUGUCACAUGUAGGCUUUAUAUAGAAUUCUUCUUGUUGUUGCUAAGGUACUGAUGUUAUUAGGGACAAAACAUUAAACUGUUUCUCUUUCUAAUUUGUCAUCAACUGGGAAAUAUUUUUAUGUCUCUCACUGUUUAUACUGAAUAAAGAGAUCUGAAACCCA